GGGACAGAAGAAGAAGAAGAAGGCGGAACUAGUUUGUGCAACACGUUUCCGGUCGGGUUUAUUUUGAGUGAGGACUCGUGGAGGUUGAUUUGCGCUCCAACAAACAUCACAUCUUCGGCUUCACGCUGGAUAACUCAAUGGCUGUACCGGGUCCGAACAAGGACAACAUCCGAGCUGGAUGUAAGAAAUGUGGAUAUCCGGGCCACUUGACCUUUGAGUGCCGAAACUUUGUCCGAGUUGACCCCCAGAAAGACAUCGUUCUGGAUGUAAGCAGCACCAGCAGUGAGGAAAGUGAAGAGGAUGAACCUGUAGUUCAGCGCACUGAGAAACUGGGGCGAAGUAGAGGUACCCAUGAGGAUGACAAAGACGGUAGAAAAGGGAGACACAAACGGAAGAAGAUCGGAGACAGAAAGUCAAGAAAGAGAUCGAACUCGUCGAGUGAUGAUGCUACAAAGAAGAAAAAGAAACGCAGCAGUUCCUGCUCCUCGUCUGACGACGAAGAGGAGAUGCAGAAGAAAAAGAAAGCCAAAAGCGGGAAGAAGAAAAGCAAGAAGAACAAACACGGGAAGCAUCAGAAGAAGAAACUGAAGAAGAGGAAACAAGAAUCAUCUUCCUCUUCUUCUUCUUCCAGCUCCAGUAAAUCCUCAGACAGUGACUGAGACAGCUGAACUGUGCGGUGUCUGGAGGUCCAACAUAUUUAUUCUCCAGUCCAUGAAAAGUGUGUUUUUGCAGAAAUAAGGCAUCUUGUUCCAUAUAAGUGUCCAAUACUGAGGAAUGGAUUUAAAUGAUUAAUUGGUGCAAAAACACUGUAGAGUGCAUUGUACACUGCAGAUAUGUUUUAUAUCAUCAUGCAAAUGGAAAAAAAAAUGUAUUUGGGGUUCUCUGAAGCAUUUGGGAAAACGUACAAACCAGGGAACAUAUUCUGAUAUCUCUUGUUUCUUUGUCCUUCCAGACCUGCUGUCAUUUGUUGUGCGCAGGGGAAUCUUCAGUACAGUCUGUUGUCAUUCAUAUUACUGAACAUCAUUGUGACGUUUUCAAGUCCAAUUAAGAAAUGUAGUUCAGGGGGAACAAAAGCCUAGAUAUCUUUAGUAACACGUUUCUGGAUGCUGUCCUUUUGUUUUUGUUCUUUUAUACACGUUGUUGCUUCAAUACUUCUUUGAAAUUGUACCCACAAAUAUUUUAAAAAGGUCAAAUGUGAAUGCCAAACAUGAUUCGACAUGGUUCGAAUGGCUAAGGGUAACAAUGACUAAUGCUCAAUAAACAGCUCAUUGUUUUUGUCAGUGCUGACGAGUCUGCAGCAGUUUGAA